GGCAGUCCCCGGGGCGGGGCACAGGGAGUGGCGGAGUCGGGGUCCGGCCGCUGGGUGGGUCAGUGCCGGGCUCCCGCAGCCGCCGCGGUCUCCUCCACCUCCUCCUGCUUCUCCCGCUGCCCGCUCUCUGCCGUGAUGGGGCAGAUCGAAUGGGCCAUGUGGGCCAACGAGCAGGCUCUGGCGUCCGGCCUCAUCCUGCUGACUGGUGGCAUUGUGGCAACAGCUGGGCAGUUUGUCUGGUGGCAGUUUGGUGCCUAUUCGAUUGUAGCUGGGGUAUUUAUCUGCCUGCUGGAAUACCCCCGGGGCAAGAGGAAAAAGGGUUCCACCAUGGAGCGGUGUGGUCAGAAGUACCUGACAACCGUGGUAAAGGCAUUCGGGCCCCUGACUAGGAAUUAUUAUGUCCGAGCCAUCCUGCACCUCUGCUUGGCGGUCCCUGCAGGGGUACUAUUAGCCACCAUCCUGGGCACGGCCUGUCUGGCAAUUGCGAGCGGGAUCUAUCUCCUGGCUGCAAUCCGGGGAGAAGAGUGGAGGCCCAUUGAGAAGAAGCCCAAGGAACGACUCCAGGUUGGGGCCACCAUCAAGCAGCCACCCAGCAAUCCCCCACCCCGACCACCCGCCGAGGCCCGGAAGAAGCAGCCUGAGGAAGAAGCCGCAGGGCCCUCUGGGGGGCCCCAGGUGAACCCAGUCCUAGUGACUGAUGAGGUUGUGUAAGGAGACCCUGAGCCUGGCCUAGGACCCUCAAUGAGGCACGGCCCCCACCCCC